AUGUUCAAUCCAUAUCAGGUGCAAGGUCCAGACCAGGCUCAAAACCAGGGCAAUGUCUUCAAUCAGCAGGCCAGCGGUUUUUAUCCAGGAGGAGGACAGCAGCAGCAGCAGCAGCAGCAACCGCCUCCAUUGAACCAGCGUCCAACAACAGAGUUUGGGAAUCUUCAGCAGAAUGUCCCAGCUUCGUUUGGUUUCCAGCAACAGCCACAGCAGCAACAAUCAUUGCCCAACUAUUCCAAUAAUAGGCCAAUGUAUUCGAGCGCUACCGGCUUUGGUGGCAUGCAAACUGGUUUUGAAGGCAAUCAGCCUCAAAACCAAUCGAUGGGCAAUAACAGCGUCCAACCUCAAUCUACCGGUUUCUACUCGCAGCAGAACACCCUUCAGCUACAGCAGACCGGCCAAUUCGCCCAGCAGGUUCCUCGGACCUCGUUUUUUAACAACCAGAACCCGAACCAGUCGCAAACAACUUUCUCUCAACAGCAGCAGAACACUGGGCUUUUUCAACAGCCGGUCGCAAGCCAGCAGUCAGCCCCACUGCAGUACCAGCGGGCUUCCUUCCCGGAUCAACAUGCGUCUCAGACUCAGUCCACAGGCUACUAUCCUCAGCAACAGCCUCAGCAGCAAAUUCAACCACAAGCUACCGGCUUUCUGUACCACCAACAAAUGAGCUCUCCUUCCCAACCACUUCAGGCGCAGCAAACAAACUUAUAUCCUCAACAAGCGCAACCUGUACAGCCACAACAGACUGGUUUCUACUCUCAGCAAGCGUUAAAGCCACUGCAACCACAGCAGACAGGUUUUUACUCCCAAAACUUUCAGGAACCUGUGAAACCAUUGAAGCCAAAUGCUACGGGCUUUGUCAAUUCGUUCGCCAAUAACGGCGUUAACGAUGACAUUAAGAUCCCAACCAUGAGGCUGUCAUUCAUGACUGCCAACGACCAGGCAAAAUUUGAGACUCUUUUCAGAUCCUCCGUGCCACGAGGCUCCAAUACGAUUUCUGGCGAUGCUUGCAGAAACAUUUUGAUGCGCUCGGGUGUCUCUCCUUCCCAAUUAGCCAAAAUUUGGACUCUAUGCGAUACAAGUAAGGCAGGCGAGCUUUUGUUCCCCGAGUUCGCUUUGGCUAUGCAUUUGGUCAACGAGGUCAUUCAAGGCGAUAGCGUUCCCUUCGAACUCAGUACAAAAACUAAGAAUGAGGUCGCUAGCUUUGUGGAUGCCAUCAACUUCAGCAUUGCCAGGAGUGGCGAAGAAAGUGUUGCUCAACCUCCAAAAACUCCAUUUGACAAUCUCACCUUAGGGGUUCAGAACUUGCAGCCACAACCAACGGGGGCCAUGCCACAAACUAGUUUUGGAUCGCAGCUGCAAGCGCAAAACACCCAGGGAUAUUUGGAUCCUCAGUCAACUGGAUAUCUGCCUCAAACCUCGUUCGGUCAGAUUCUGCAAUCGCAGCCCACAGGCGGAUAUCUACAGAACCAGUUUACUGGCCAGUUUCAGCAGCCGGCAAGUACCGGGCAAUUGCAAGGCCAGUCCACUGGUGGUUAUCUACAGCCCCAAACAACGGGCUUCAUGCCUCAAACGUCUUUCAAUCAACCGCUUCAAUCUCAGCUGACAGGCAUUGCAACUCUUCAGCCGCAGAACACGGGCUCACUGAAUCGACUCAAUUCUGUCUUGACAGGGCAACCCCCGGCUCAGCAAAGCGGGCAAGCAAAUUUCGCCGGUGCUUCUUUUCUACAGUCACAGGCAACAGGUUAUUUACCCCCUUCUAAUUUCAAUCCAACUGCUCCUCUUAGCGCUCAGAAGACUGGGUAUGGACGCAAUGAGCUCUACAACCAGGCCAAUAUGUUCAACAAAUUCACGCAAGAUGAUUCUGAUUCCUUGACCAACGAGGAGAAGUCUUUGUUUUACAAGAUGUUUGAUACGUACGACAGUCAGAAGAAGGGGCUUAUGGGUUCCGACAUUGCGGUAGAGAUCUUUAGGAAGUCUGGUUUAAAUCGAAGUGACUUAGAGCAUAUUUGGAAUCUUUGUGAUACUAACAACAGCGGUCAAUUAAACAAACAAGAAUUCGCUUUGGGAAUGCACUUGGUUUAUAGAAGGUUGAACGGAAAUGAACUGCCUAAUCGACUCCCCACAAGCUUGGUUCCGUCCAGCACUCAAAUUUUGAAUUCAGUGAAAAGCCAAUUGAAGAAUGAUACUGCUUCCAGCAGGAAGGAGCCUACGAAAAUCGACGGAUUUUCGUUUAAACACGACGAUAAUGAAAUAUUGCCUAGCUCAAGAAACCGGCGCAGAACGCAGACAGGCAAGGCCGGAGCUUCAGGAGACAGUGCCUCGGCUGUGUCGGCGGCUGCCAGUAAAGAACCGGAGCAAAGCUUCCACUCUUCACAGUCCGCAGGAAGAAACGACGGACGGGCGAUCGAGGAUCUCAAAAGAAAAAUUUUGGCUCUGCCACCGCACAGAUCGGCAUCGAGGAAUGAUACCAACGAGGUAUCUGCACAGCUCAGAGGCAAAUUUCAAGUACUCACGAGCAAAGUUCCUCAACUUCUCAGAGAGAUAUCAGAAAUCAACAAUCAAAUUACGAUGGCCAAAAUUGAGCUAUAUAGACAAAGAAAUCCAUCUUCUUUAGUUGGCACUGGUCGUAACGGAGAAAUCACAGACGAUGAUAGGAGGAAAGCUAAGAGCAAAGCGUUGCUCGCUUCUAGAAUGGCCGCCUUAACUGGGAAACCUUCAGUUGGUGCCGAUGUUGAUCAGCAAGAGCAAAGAUACAAUGAAGAGGUUGCAAGCAUAAAAUCUCAAAACACCACCAAUCAAUCCAUAAUUGAAGAUAUCCAGCUCUCUAUCUUCGAGAUUGCCGCGGCUGUCGAUUCUGCUCUUGAGGGUAAAGCGCGCACGAGCGGCAAACAGUACGAAAAGUGGGAACUUGGAAUUGGAGUUGAUCCUCAAGUCAGCAAUUUCCUCUCAAAGUUGAAACCCAAGGUGUCCUCUCCACCUGGUAGUCAUGCGAAAAGCAGCAACGCAAAGGCUGCUUCGUCUUCGUCUUUUGCGGACUCGCCAAGUGCUCCAGUUCAAAGCCCACAUUCCACCUCAGGCAAUACAGCCGCCUAUUUGAAAGAGCAGGCGCAAAGGAAAAUGAAAGAACGCUUGGCUAAGCUUGGGAUGGAAAAGAAUGAUCCCGAGCCAGCACAACGUAAGUAUAACCCAGAGGAGCUGGAUAGAUCUGAAGAGGAUGAAGAAGUAAGAAAGUUGACCGAGCAACUGAAUGCCCUCAAGGCAAAGAGAAAGGGUGGUAACACAAACGCGCCUCCCUCUCAACUAUCUGUUUCACCAGUUCCUGCACCUAAUGUACAGACCGCUUAUCCUUCAAAAGUUGACAUUCAACCAGAAAUUGAACCUAGCAGAGAUUCGACGAUGAUGGCUGAUGAGCGUAAUAAACAUCUCGAGAACGUUACUCCUGCUACCGAGCCAACAUCUCGCGUUACGCACGAAAGUGUUCCAAGUAAGACAGCAGAGUCGAUUCCUAAAGAAGCGGUGUCAUCACAGCCCGCGAGUUCUAACGCUAAGCGCAAUCCAUUCGGAAUUCCACACACUGCAUCUGUUUCUUCAACGCCAACAGGGGGACGAAAUCCCUUCUUCAAGCCUUCACAAUCGAGCACCUCUUCGUUUGACGCGAAAGCUGCUGAGGCUCAGCGGAGAGUCCAACGUGGGUUAGACAAUAAUGACGACGAUUGGUCUGAUGAUAACGACGACCACGAGAAGUCCAACGCUCACGCUCAAGCACCAAGUGUCCCUGCUCCUGCCCCAGUUGCUACUGCCCCAGUUACUUCUACUCCAGUUGCUCCUGCUCCAGCUGCUCCUACUCUAGUUGCUCCUGCUCCAGUUGCUCCUGCUCCAGUUGCUCCUGCUCCAGUUGCACCUGCCAUCGCUGAUGCUCCACCAGUUCCUAUUGCUCCUCCUUUGCCCCAAGUUGUUUCCAAUCCUGCUACUUAUGCCCCACCAGUGCCGAUCGCCCCACCUCUGCCAUCAAUAGGUUCCAUUCCAACAAGUGGUGCAGCUGAAACCCCAGGACUUUCAUCUAAUGCCCUACACGAAGGGGCUGGCGAUGACGGUGAGCGUUCAGACGACGAUCUCUCGAUUCCAGACUCUGUUGACUCUUUCAAUGAUGCCCUUCCUGUACAACAAGAGGGCUCCGUCCCUCCCUCAGGUAUUCCUCCUCCACCAGCAUUAACUUGA